AUGGAACCAAGGAACAUAACAGGAGUUUCACAAUUUCUUCUUAUGGGAUUUUCAGAAGAAACAGAAUUGCAGCCCCUCAUCUUUGGGCUUUUUCUCUCCAUGUACCUGAUCACUGUAUUUGGAAACCUGCUCAUCAUCCUGGCUGUCAGCUCAGACCUCCACCUCCACACCCCCAUGUACUUCUUCCUCUCCAACCUGUCCUUUGUAGACAUUUGCUUCACCUCCACCACCAUCCCAAAGAUGCUGGUGAAUAUACAGACAGAGAACAAAGUUAUAACUUAUGAAGGCUGCAUUAUCCAGAUGCAUUUUUUCACACUCUUUAUAGGAUUGGACAUCUUCCUCCUGACCGUGAUGGCCUAUGACCGCUUCGUGGCCAUCUGCCGUCCCCUGCACUACAUGGUCAUCAUGAACCCCCGUCUCUGUGGAGUGCUGGUGCUGGUAUCCUGGAUCAUGAGUGCGCUGCAUUCCUUGUUAGAAAGCUUAAUGGUGUUGCGACUUCACCUCCAACACAUGGCACCAAGGAACAUAACAGGAGUUUCAGAAUUUCUUCUCAUGGGAUUUUCAGAGGAUCCAGAAUUGCAGCCUCUCAUGUUCAGACUUUUCCUCUCCAUGUACCUGAUCACUGUGUUUGGAAACCUGCUCAUCAUCCUGGCUGUCAGCUCAGACUCCCACCUCCACACCCCCAUGUACUUCUUCCUCUCCAACCUGUCCUUGGUAGACAUCUGUUUAUCUUCCACCACCAUCCCAAAGAUGCUGUGGAACAUCCAGACACAGAGCAAAGGUAUCACCUAUGAAGGCUGCAUCACCCAGAUCUAUUUUUUCACACUCUUUGUAGUCCUGGACAUCUUUCUCUUGACCGCAAUGGCCUAUGACCGCUUUGUGGCCAUCUGUCACCCCCUGCACUACAUCGUCAUCAUGAACCCCUGGCUCUGUGCACUGCUGGUGCUAUUGUCCUGGAUCAUCAGUCUCCUGCAUGCCUUGCUGGAAAUCAUAACUGUAUUGCGGCUGUCAUUCUGUACAGUCUUAGAAAUCCCUCACUUUUUCUGUGAGCUCAAUCAGAUGAUCCAACUUGCCAGGUCUGUCAUCUUUCUUGAUAAAGCAGUAAUGUAUUUUAUCCCUCUGUUGCUGGCUGGUGGUUCCCUCGUGUGUAUCCUUUAUUCCUACUCUAAGAUAGUUUCCUCCAUAUGUGGAAUCUCAUCGGCUUGGGGGAAGUAUAAAGCAUUUUCCACCUGUGCAUCUCACCUCUCACUUGUCUCCUUAUUUUAUUGUACAGGCAUAGGAGUAUAUCUUCGCUCUACUACUACCCACAGCUCACACUCAGAUGCAACAGCCUCAAUAUUGUACGCUGUGGUCACCCCCUUGCUGAACCCCUUCAUCUACAGCCUGAGAAAUAAAGACUUAAAGAGGGCUCUGAAAAUACUCUACGGAAAGAAAUCUAUAAAAUAA